UCUGUGAGGUCGAAACGGGGCAGGGUAAAAGGACCCAGCAGGCUGUGCUGUUAAAAGACCCGGGGACAUUAUAAAAGUGGUUUCAUGCCCGCUGCUGUGAAGGCUGGAGUCGAUGCGCGCACAGACGGAGGUAGGCAGAGAAAGGAGGACAACAGCCCAACAACAAGGCGCACAGACGCACAGCCAAGGUUUACGCUCACAUGUCGGAUCUCUGUCAUAGGUAGACAGACGGGAAGCGAGGAGCGGCUUUUCCUCGUCUCACUUAAACGUUUAACAACGUCUAUUUCAACAGUAAGACUGAGAACCAGAGCUCAUUUUUCCCUGAACAGAAGUGCAUGUUUGCGCCUUCAGCGGACGGGAUGCGCGCCUUCUCUCCAGCCAAACGCCCCGGUGCCGUCUGACACAUUCCCCCAGAGCUGGAGUCUGUUUUCUUACCUGGGGAAGUUGGACUCUCUAAAACUUUUCUGGCCCUACUUUUGAUGCCACGGAAAUGGGUCCGCGCCAAAGGGAGAGCGUGUCCUCACUUUGCAGGAAAAGUUUGCUUUGGACCGGACUGCUUCUGUGGAUGAUCACAUUUGUUGACGGGACCUGGAGGACGGGACUUUACAAAACCUACUCCGGGACGCAGACAGCAGCCUCUCACAGCUCAGUCUAUCAGAAGAGGAACUGGUGUCCCCAUACAGUGACUAAAACGGUGACCUGCCAGGUGCAGAAUGGGACGGUGCUACAGCGGGUCUACCAGACCUGCCGCUGGCCACAGGGAUGUACAGGGGGCAGCUACAGGACUGUGGUCAGACCCUCCUAUAAGGUGGUGUACCGCACUGUGACCUCUCUGGAGUGGAAAUGCUGUCCAGGAUUCAGUGGAGCUGCCUGUGAGGAAGAUGCAGGGAACCAGCUUGUGGCUCAGGAAGCUAUAAGAAAACCAUCCACACUCCGCCGCCCACCUGCUCGCACAGGAGAGUCGAUCUCAAAUUGUCUCAACUGCAGUCGAAUCACAGCUUUGAGUGACAGGUUGAACUCACUGGAGGCGAAGGUCCAAUUACUCAGUGCCCCGCCCUCCAUAUCGCAUCGCCACCUUCAGGGUAAAGGUGGAACAGCACCAGAGGCUUCCUUACUAAUGGGGGCCGUUCCUGCUCAGGGAUCUCCUGGUGAGCAAGGACCAGCAGGGCCUCAGGGUGAAAAGGGCAGAGAUGGCCUUCCUGGCAGAGAUGGGAAGCCAGGGUCUCGAGGGCUGCCAGGUCCCGCAGGGCCUCGAGGGGAGGCAGGAGUAAGGGGCCCAUCUGGCACUCCUGGAUCGAGGGGAUCUUUAGGACCGGCAGGCCCUCGUGGUCCCCCGGGGCUUCCAGGAGACAGGGGUCCACCAGGCCCUCCUGGUCCUCCAGGUCCUCCAGCGCCAGCCAGUGCACGCAUCCCAGAACCAGACAGCAAUCGAGGAAAAGACCCCUUCUUCACCAACACUUUCCAUGACUCUCGAGGGUUGCCUGUUCCAGGACCUCAGGGUCCUCCCGGGCCUAUUGGUCCACCAGGUCCCAAAGGCCCAGUAGGACCUGCUGGUCCACCGGGACUGAAUGGAAAACCUGGAGCUCCUGGAACACUGGGCCCAGUGGGGCCAAAGGGAGAGCGAGGGGAGAGAGGUCCUUUAGGUUACCCAGGAGAGAGGGGCUUCAGAGGCGAACCGGGAGCACCAGGCCCCAAGGGAGAGCCAGGAGAGAAGGGUUUACCGAGCAAUCUAAAUGGGGACGGAAUACAUCAGAUCAGAGAGGCGCUGAAGAUCUUAGCCGAGAGGGUUUUAAUCCUUGAGACUAUGAUCGGUAUUCAUGAGCCUGAUCUAGGGUCUGGGGAUGGACCGUUUGGCACAGCCUCCCCUAGUUUCUACAGAGAUAAGCGAGCAGGUGCGCUUCCAUAUCGACUUGCUUCUCCUCUGUCCUCCGACACCAAGGUUCGAGGGAAGUAGCUCCCCGCUCCCCCUGAGGAUCACAGGCUGGGUUGGCUCCCCCUCCUAUAGGUCUCAUCGGCACCCAACAGAUUUAUAACUGAUCUCAUACACUCUCUGCGCUUCACUAUCAGAUUUAGAAAGGGGGACACCUCAGGGAAAACCCACUGAAAACUCCACUGUAACCCUCCUCCUCCAUCGGGACCAACGUGUUUGACCCCCCCCCCCCCCCCAUUGCAUUUAUAUUAUUGCUUAACAUAAAAUAAGCAAUAACACUCAUCUGUAAAUCAUACACCCAGCAACUCCUUCCGUAUCUCAUUACGUUGGCUGCAGAAGUUAAGGGAAGCCUCGGAAUAAAGAUCUAUGAUAAAAAAAGGAAGAAUCUGAAAUCUUCUAUGGUGCUCAUGGAGCUAAAACCGCUUGGACAAUAAGGGUCAUUUAGAGUAAUCAAUUAAGAGAAGUCAGGAGUGAGAAAGAGACUGGAUUUAAGUUUGUAUUGCUUUCAUAAUGUUACUGCAAUCUGAAGAGAUUCCAUUAUUUAAGUAUAUUGAGCAUGUACAGUUUGCAGGACACAAUUACACACACAAACCUCUUCUUUUAGUAUUAAUUUUGUUAUACUUCUAUCAUAUUGUUUAACUCAAUGUUAUGUAGUGCACUAAAAAUAUGAAGUCAUCUCUAUUCUAACUGAGAUAUGUGUUGCUAACAGUGAUUUGUAGUUUUCUGGUGUGAGUGUUUUCCUCCACUUAAAAAAAACCCUCUGAUAUAGUGAUUUAAUACAGAAAAGUGUAUUUGCAUUUUAUCUGUGCAACAAAAAAAAGCACUAACACUUGCAUUUGAGUUUGGUUGAACUGAAGCAGUCUGUA